AGCCGCGGGAGGUGAGAGCCAAUACCCCCUCUGCAUCCGCAGCGUUCUCCGGGUGAUGCUUCCUUACUCGUUUACAAGACAAUAGCCGACGAAAUUAAGGAGGGGGAGAAAAUGACUGAUCCUUCUGCAUGAGAUAAUGGAUGAGCCCGGGAUGACCUGUUUUUUUCCUUGCGGUAGAGCGGUGCUGAAGACAGAGGGCACCCGCGCCCAGCCCACAGCCGUCGCCCCGUCGCCAGCGCGCCAGCUCGGGGCGGCCGGAGAGCCGCCAAUGCCCGCUCCCAGCAGGCAGGGAGCCACUGCCUCACCCGGCCAGGUUAAAAAUCACUAGGAUGACGGCUGUCUUGGCACUUCCGAGAGUGAUACUGUGAGGCUUCGCUGUGAUGGUAUUUGGAGCAACUUGGACGUCGUUGGGGAGAAGCAGAUGCCAUUUCCUACAUGUCCUUAAAACAUGUGCAGGCAAGAGGAGCCCAUGAAAUUCGUAACCUGGGUCUGGAUGACAUCGUGCAACAAAAUGUUUGGCGUGCUGCUGGUCUUUUUCCCUGCUCUGCUCCUGGAGAUGGACGUGCUGCCCAGGAGUGCGGGGAGGAAGGUGCUUCUCUCUGCAGCCUCCUCACAGAGGUCGGUGGCUCGGAUGGACGGCGAUGUCAUCAUCGGGGCCCUCUUCUCUGUCCAUCAUCAGCCGCCGGCUGAGAAAGUGCCCGAGAGGAAGUGCGGGGAAAUCCGAGAGCAAUACGGCAUCCAGAGAGUAGAAGCCAUGUUUCACACUUUGGAUAAAAUUAACGCCGACCCUGUCCUGCUACCUAACAUCACCCUGGGCAGCGAGAUCCGAGACUCCUGCUGGCACUCCUCCGUAGCCCUGGAGCAGAGCAUCGAGUUCAUACGGGACUCCCUCAUCUCCAUCAGGGACGACAAGGACGGAGGCACCCGCUGCAUUUCCGAGUCGCAGCCCCAGCCUCAGACCAGAGUGAAAAAGCCCAUCGCGGGGGUCAUUGGCCCAGGGUCCAGCUCAGUUGCUAUCCAGGUCCAAAAUCUGCUCCAGCUCUUCGACAUCCCCCAGAUUGCUUACUCCGCCACCAGCAUUGACCUGAGCGACAAAACGCUGUACAAGUACUUCCUCAGGGUGGUCCCCUCCGACACGCUGCAAGCCAGGGCCAUGCUUGACAUCGUCAAGCGUUACAACUGGACCUACGUCUCCGCCGUCCACACGGAAGGAAAUUAUGGGGAAAGUGGAAUGGAAGCCUUCAAAGAGCUGGCUGCCCAAGAGGGUCUCUGCAUUGCUCACUCUGACAAGAUCUACAGCAACGCUGGGGAAAAGAGUUUUGAUCGCCUGCUCCGCAAGCUGCGAGAAAGGUUACCCAAGGCCAGAGUGGUGGUUUGCUUCUGCGAGGGAAUGACAGUGAGGGGCAUCCUCGGUGCCAUGAGGCGCCUGGGAGUGCUUGGGGAGUUCCUGCUAAUUGGAAGUGAUGGUUGGGCAGACAGAGAUGAAGUCAUUGAAGGUUAUGAACCCGAAGCAAAUGGAGGCAUUACUAUCAAACUGCAGUCUCCCGAGGUCUUGGCAUUUGAUGACUACUAUCUGAAGCUGCGUCUGGACACCAACACCCGCAAUCCUUGGUUUCCUGAGUUCUGGCAGCACAGAUUUCAGUGCCGUAUCCCAGGGCACCCACUAGAGAAUCCCAACUUCCAGAAGAACUGCACUGGCAAUGAGAGCCUAGAAGAAAAUUAUGUGCAGGACAGUAAAAUGGGAUUUGUCAUCAAUGCUAUAUACGCUAUGGCUCAUGGACUACAAAAUAUGCAUCAUUCCCUUUGUCCUGGACAUGUUGGACUCUGUGAUGCUAUGAAGCCAAUUGAUGGCAGUAAGCUCUUGGAGUUCCUCCUCAAAUCCUCAUUCAUUGGUGUUUCUGGAGAAGAAGUUUGGUUUGAUGAAAAGGGAGAUGCACCUGGAAGGUAUGACAUCAUGAACCUGCAGUACAUAGAGCCCAAUCGCUAUGACUACGUCCUCAUUGGGACCUGGCAUGAGGGUGUGCUCAACAUCGACGACUAUAGGAUUCAGAUGAAUAAGAGCGGAAUGGUCAGAUCAGUGUGCAGCGAGCCUUGCUUGAAGGGCCAGAUUAAGGUGAUCAGGAAAGGAGAAGUGAGCUGCUGCUGGAUUUGUACUGCUUGCAAGGAGAACGAAUUUGUUCAGGAUGAAUUCACAUGUAAAGCCUGUGAGCUUGGCUGGUGGCCGAAUACUGACCUGACAGGCUGCGAACCCAUCCCUGUGAAGUACCUCCAGUGGAGCAAUAUAGAGUCUAUUGUGGCUGUGGUCUUUUCCUGCCUGGGGAUCCUGGUCACCAUGUUUGUCACCCUUAUCUUUGUGCUCUACAGAGACACCCCUGUUGUCAAGUCCUCCAGCCGGGAGCUCUGCUAUAUUAUCCUUGCUGGCAUCUUUCUGGGUUACAUCUGCCCUUUCACCCUUAUAGCCAAACCCACCACAACAUCCUGCUACCUCCAGCGCCUUUUAGUGGGCCUCUCCUCUGCCAUGUGCUAUUCUGCCCUUGUGACCAAAACCAACCGCAUUGCACGCAUCCUGGCAGGCAGCAAAAAGAAGAUCUGCACCCGCAAGCCACGUUUCAUGAGUGCAUGGGCCCAAGUGGUCAUUGCCUCCAUUUUGAUCAGCGUGCAGCUGACACUGGUGAUCACGCUGAUCAUCCUGGAGCCCCCCAUGCCCAUCCUCUCCUACCCCAGCAUUAAGGAAGUUUACCUUAUCUGCAACACCAGCAACCUAGGUGUCGUGGCUCCUGUGGGCUACAAUGGACUCCUCAUCAUGAGUUGCACAUACUAUGCCUUCAAGACUCGCAAUGUGCCUGCCAACUUCAAUGAGGCCAAGUACAUUGCAUUCACCAUGUACACCACUUGUAUCAUCUGGCUGGCCUUCGUGCCUAUCUAUUUUGGGAGCAACUACAAGAUCAUCACGACCUGUUUUGCAGUGAGCCUGAGCGUGACAGUGGCACUGGGGUGCAUGUUCACUCCUAAGAUGUACAUCAUUAUAGCCAAGCCUGAGAGGAAUGUCCGCAGUGCCUUCACCACCUCGGAUGUGGUGCGUAUGCAUGUCGGGGAUGGCAAGGCACCUUGCAAGUCCAACACUUUCCUCAACAUAUUCCGGAGAAAGAAGCCAGGGGCUGGAAAUCCAAAGAAGAGGCAGCCAGAGUUCUCGCCCACCAGCCAGUGUCCGUCGGCACAUGUGCAGCUUUGAAAAAUCCCACACUGCAGUGAAUGUUUCUAAUGGAAAGUCUGUGUCAUGGUCUGAACCAGGUGGAAGACAAGAUCCCAAAGGGGAACAUACAUGGCACAGACUCUCAGUGCAUGUGAAGAACCAGGAGACAGGGUGCAAUCAGACAGCAGUGAUCAAACCCCUCACUAAAGACUACCACGGCCAAAGCCUGACUUUUACCGACAUCAGCAGUAAGACUCUGUACAAUGUGGUGGAGGAAGAAGAUAGAGAGCCUGUCCGCCUCAACCAGGCCAGCAGCCCCUCCAUGGUGGUGCACAGACGGGUGGCAACCACCCCACCUCUGCAGGCCACAGCGGAGGAGACCCAGCUCUUCUUGCCUGAGCAGUCCCCCAAGACCCUACCCCUGCAGCCACAGUCCCUCAUGGACCAGCUGCAAGGAGUGGUCAACAAGUUCGCCCCCGGCUUCCCAGAGUUCAAUGCUGCCAUCUCCAGUCCCGGCUCAGGGAACGGCGUACGGCCCCCAUACCAGCCUCCGCCACCUCAGCAGUCAUCCCUGCAGCCUUUCCAGGUGGCUGCCUUCAGCGAGGAGACCCUCUCUCCCCCGGCUGAUGAAGCGGAGAGUGAGAAGGUAAAGCUCAUUCAGGGAUAUGUGUAUGAGAAAAACACAGAGGAGGAGGAGGACGAGGAGCCGGUGACCAGCAAACUGACUCUGGAAGAUUCUCCGGCACUGACGCCUCCGUCCCCUUUCCGGGAUUCAGUGGUUUCGGGCAGCUCUGUGCCCAGCUCUCCUGUCUCGGAGUCGGUGCUCUGCACACCCCCAGAUGUGACCUAUGCCUCUGUCAUCCUGAGGGAUUAUAAGCAAAGCUCGUCCACUCUGUAGAUGCUGCAAGAGACAAGAUGGGAAGGACUUUGGCAGCUGCCCAUUGGGAGGAUUUGAGGAGACAAGUCUCUCAGGACUGUGGGGAGAGAGAGCAAAGUGACAGGGCAAAAAUUUCUUCCUGCACUUAAAUAACUAAAAUGAAACAAAAAGAAAAUAAAAAUCCAUUCUGAGGGCUCAAGAUUCUCUAUCUGUUAAAAUUAAAAAUAUUGUACUUUGGAAAAAUGUUAGGAAACCAUAACAAAGCACAAACCCAAGAGACAACUUCUAUAGCAAAAAAAUAAAGAAUAAACACACAGGAAAAAAAUAUAAUUACACUUAGUCAAACCCUCUCUUGGCAAUGCUUAAAAAGGACUCUGGGAAGUGUGACCUGGAGAAGUCAUUAGCACACCUCAUGACUGCUGUCUGUCUGCUACGGAAGCAACACACCCAGGAGCUGGAAGGAUGGAAUGUGGUGAGGGGGAACAAAGCUACUUGUAUAUGAGACAUAUAUGCAAAAAUAUUUUUUUCCUGGUUUCUACAGGUGGCAUAACUGCGGAAUGUGUUUGGGGGAGAGGAGCUGAGAUAAUGUGAAAGCGCAUGGUUCUUACUGACUUUUGUCUGAACGAUUUGUUCUUUAUACUAGGCUGCUUUUUGGGGGAUCUGGGCUUUUUUAACACUGAUUGUGAACUGACUGAGAAACAUGAUUGAGACUCAAGAGGUUUCUGAAGAAAGCCCUCACUGUAGUACUUGUAAUAUGAUAAGGACUUAGAAAAACUGCCCUUUUGUAUAAGAUCGCAAACCAUGUGGCUAAACUGUUACAUAAUGUUUCCUGUAGCAGAACAAUAUUUAUUGACUAUCUUUUCAUAAAAUAACAUAUUUUGCCAUGUCAUUGCAUCAUUCCUCUGUGUUACGUUGGAAUCAAAUACAUUGCAAAAUAGCUGUAUACUUAGAGCAACAACUGUUAAUCUGAAAGAAAGGUAAUUCCAUACUGGGGGUUAUGGAGCCAGCUCCCAGACAAGAGACUGGAGUGAGCGUAUGUUUGUGUAUCUGUAUGCGUGUGUACGGUAUGUGUGAAGAGUAAUGUCCAAUAACUACCACUGGAAGAUUGUCUUAUAUACUAUGAAUAUUUUUAUGUUACAAUCAUGUUUUUAUAUCGCAUUGUUACAAAUAUUCGAUAGAUCUUUGAAGGUUUGUAUGCUGUGCUAACACAUUCUUUUUUCUCAUAUACAAACUGAGACAGUUGUUACCCUAGCACUAGGGUGCUUUGUUUUGCAGAUAUUUUAUGAAGUAGACAUAUGGUAUUAAUAAACCAGUGCAUUGAGAUCUUGUUAUUUUACAUGUUUGCAGCAAGUGUGAUUAACAAAAAAAAAAAAAAAAAAAAGAAGAAAAUAUAAAAAGAAAAAAGAAAAAAGUCUGGUUGAGAAAUCCAGGUGAGACAGGAAAAGUAAUUCAAUUAUUUCACUGCUUCAGAUAAUUUAAAAUAAAAUCACAUCAGGACAAGAAAUUUCAUCAGUGCUUAAUGUGUGCAUAAACCCCCAGGUUUUGUUAUAGACAGUUCUUUUAAACUCUUAAUGAUGUUUAGUUGCAUGUUCUUUCCAUAAGAUUUCAAUUCUUGUAUUUAAUAUACAAUACAGCAUCUUAAAGAUCACUUCUAGGCAGUUGUAGUUCUGUCUUUUAUUAUUCCUCCUCCUCUAUCUUUCAUGUGUUUCCUAGAGAUGGGCCUAAUCCAAAGCUCCCUAAUGACAGGCAUGAUCAAAGUCCAGGUCUAAUUGCUGUGGCUUUAACUUAAUUAUAAUGAUUAUUACCCUAUUUAUAAAUGCGCUUAUUAUACAUAUACAGGUCAGGAUUUCAGAUGCUAUGAUCUUUGCUUAUGCUGCUGAAUUCAGCUGAGGAUCUGUACCACAGUUCUACACUUAUUUCCAAAAAUAUUUUAAAGGAAUCUCUUCCUGAGAUUAAUAUAGUUGCAAAACCUGAUUUUAAACAUGCUUUAACCACAUGUGAAUACUUUAUCAGAGUUUUCUCUGAAUUCAGCAUAAUUCUAUUCUUUUUCUUACUUUUCACUUGAAUUUUAAGAAGACCUGCUGCUAGUUAUCAAUUCUGCUCUGAAGAUCCAAAUCUUCUAGUUUUGCCUUAGUUAUGGAGUAUUGGUAUUGGAAGGUUUGGCCGGUGCUCAAAACCAGAGAGACUUUUUUCCUCAUCCUCUUUGCACAGUGUUUGCUCCCUUCGAUAUGACUAGUGGCCAGUUACUAUUGUCGACCUCACUUGGAAAGCAUGAAAUGGCUUUGCCCAAAGACACAGUUCUGUCUUUGUCAGAAUAUUGAUGUCUCUGUAAUGAACUGAGGAUGCCUGAGGGUUAGCUGGUUGAAUUUUUUUUUCUGCUUGGGGUUUUUAGGGGGAUAUUUUUUUGUUGCUGCCUUUUUUUUUUUUUAAAUGCUGAUUACUUAUUAAAACAGUGAAAAAAAUGUCGUAUUUUCUUUGCUGAUCACCACACUGGCAAUAGAUUCUGUCUUCUAAUAAUCAUAGUAUAAGAUCUACUGUGCUGUUUCCAAAAACAUGCACUGUCAGUAGCACAGAGCUGAUACUAGGAAGCCAGUCUUUGAAGAACUGAGAUAAAUAAGAAAAAGAAACAUAACAGGUCUGUAUGGGUGAGGAGAUGGCAAGGGGGCAAAGUAUAAUAUUGUUUUCAUAUCUGUUUUGAACAUAUUAAGCACUGAUUUUAUUACUGCAAUGUAAUUAUAUCACAAGUAGGAGUUUUCUUGAAAUUCAGUAUAUUAACUUUUAGUUUGUAAUUGUUAAAACUGGUAACAUACACACACGUAAAUAUAUCUAAAGAUCAAGAACUCACCUUGUGUAUGCAGUUGUAGGAGCUAUGAAGCUUUCUGUAAAAGUUCUUUCUUUUGGUCCGUCAAACGUUGGAUGAAAAUGCCUUUUUGUCAAAAUGAUCUUGAAAAUGCUGUAAAAUAAAUAUUUUCUAUUUAUUAUUUAAAAAUAGAA